AGAGGAGAAAGAGAAGAAAUCUCGAUAGAGAGAGAGAGAGAGGGAGAGAGCGGUGGUGGUGGUGGUGAUGACGAUGGACAGAGAGAAGGAAAGAGAGAUAGAGCUAGAGAGUGCAAUGUACACAAACUGUUUGUUAUUAGGUUUAGAUCCAUCGAUAAUCGGGCUCGGAGCAUCCAACGGCACUCCUCGGGUCGGACUCUUCCGUCACUCCAACCCUAAAUUAGGCGAACAGCUUCUGUACUUCAUCCUCUCAUCUCUUCGCGGCCCUACUCAAUCCGCCAAAGAUUUCGAUAAGGUCUGGCCGAUUUUCGAUUCGGCGCAAUCGCGUGAUUUUAGAAAGGUUGUGCAAGGGAUAAUUAGUGAGCUGGAGUCUCAAGGGGCAUUACCGAGGAGUAAUUCGAGAGUUUCGUCACUCGCUACGUGUUGUGGACCGAGAUUUGUUGAACUUCUGUGGCAACUUUCUUUGCAUGCUUUACGUGAGGUUCAUAGACGAACAUUUCCAGCUGAUGUAGCAUCUAACCCACUCCCGGCCUCUUUAACGGAUGUUGCCUUUUCACAUGCGGCUACACUACUUCCAGUUACUAAGGCAAGAAUAGCACUUGAAAGAAGGAAGUUUCUUAAAAAUGCAGAGACAGGAGUGCAGAGGCAGGCAAUGUGGUCAAGCUUAGCUCAUGAAAUGACUGCAGAGUUUCGUGGUCUUUGUGCAGAAGAGGCAUACUUGCAGCAAGAGUUGGAAAAGCUACAUGACUUGAGGAACAAAGUGAAGUUGGAAGGGGAGUUAUGGGAUGACCUUGUAUCUUCUUCCAGUCAGAAUUCCCAUUUAGUUUCAAAGGCUACUCGCUUGUGGGAGUCUAUAUUAGCUCGUAAAAAUCAACAUGAAGUUCUUGCUUCAGGCCCUAUUGAGGACUUGAUAGCUCAUAGAGAGCAUAGGUACCGCAUCUCUGGUUCAUCUUUGCUCGCAGCUAUGGAUCAGAGUUCUCAGGUACAGUCUGGUGAUUUGGAUGAGAAAGAACAUGGUGAUGGAUCGUCCUAUUCACAAAUUAGUGAUGAGUCUCUUUCUCGAGUGGAUGAUAGGGGUGGAAGAGUUCACCCAACUGUUGAUGUGGCAGAAAUUAUUAGGCGUUGGACGCAUGCCUUACAACGUAUACAUAAACAGUCACUACAACUGGCAAAAGCUAAUGAUGGAAACGGUCCAGAUAUUUUACGAAGUGCACAAGAGGGCUGUACAAGUGGCCAUGCUGAGUCUUUAGCCUCAACGCUUACUGAACAUCAGCAACACUUGGCCAGCUUUCAGGUGCUCAUUAAUCAACUGAAGGAAGUUGCUCCAGCAAUACAAAAAUCAAUAUCAGAUUGUACAGAGAAAGUAAAUGGUAUUUCCUCUACUCUGCCUCCAAUGGCUAAACAUCGUGGUCGAGCCACUUCACCCAUACAAGCCCAGAGCAGUGGGAGGACAUUGGAAAAUAGCUCUGAUGAUAUUGCUGAGGUGACUUCAAAAAUGUCGAGUGUCCAGCUUGACAAGGUUUUGGCUAGUCCACCCACUUUAAAGCUCCCACAGCUAUUUACUUUGACCCCAAAUUCUUCUGGAAAAGGUGGAAAUGUUCAAAAGCGUCACACUUUAGUCCCUCAAACCAACCAAAUGGAAAGUUUUUCUGAAAGAAAUUCCCUGGACCAGCCUCUGUCAAAUAAUCGCUUGGAUAACCCACCACAAGACAGUGAUAUUUCUUAUGUUCAAUACUUAAAGAGAUCUGUAAGAGAAGCAGCUCUAUCAGUGCGAUCCAGCAAUUCAGAAUCAUCACGAGACAGUCACUCUGAUGAAAGCUCUGAACACUUCUUUGUGCCUCUUUCAGCAGCUGGGUUUUCUCGCCUUGGCCCAGAAAACAAAGCAUCACCAGUAAGGAGUAAGAGAUUAUUCACAUCUCAGACAGACACUUCCUUGCUCAAUAAUUGUGCCCCUGAUGGUCAUGUUGGGAGCAAGUAUGAUGAUAUACCAGACAUGUUGAGUGAAUUGGAUUCACUUCGUGAUUUUGAUAAGGUAAAUGGUUUUCUCUCAGCCACUGGUUCAAAUGGUGCAAUUUCUGAGACACGGAGGUCAUUCUAUGACAUUGAUGAAGCUCAGGAUCAGGUCUUCUCACCACCAUUACUAAUGGAAACAUCCCUGCUGGCUGAUACUUAUGAAGACUUACUUGCUCCACUUUCGGAAACUGAAACCGCCUUGAUGGACCAUUAGAACGAAAGUCUAGGCAAUGCCUGCUCUCAUAGUCAUGAGAAUAUGACUAGAUCAUUUUGGUGGUAUUGUUUUCAUAUAUUGGUUGGGAUAUUCUCCACUCUCCACUAAUUUCUUUUUGCAUGAUCCGAUGCUUGUAUGUAUUCCUUCUUGGUCUUGAGUACCUUAUUGCUCUCCGGUUCAGCACGAUUGAUAUUUUGUUGUCUGGGGCAAGGGAGAAUAUGAACCUUCUUGGCACUGCUGUUGUACAUGCUUGUAACAUACCUGAAAACCCAAGAUGAAGUUUUAUAUGCCAAGUCGGAUCUGGAUCUUUGAGGCCAAUAUUUAUAGCCCAAUCAGAUUGGUACGACCAGAAAUUCAUGAUUAGAAGAGAAUUGCUUUGCUUGCUAGUGUGAUUUUCAGCCCAAUGGAUUUUAGGCGUCAAUACUGAAUUUCUCAAGAUUAUUUUUGAAGGACUGAUUUUAAUGUAUCUGAUAGAUGUGUAUUUUGAUAGUGUAUUAUGCUGACAGAUCAGGAAUGGAAGAAAUUGCUAUCUGAAUCUUCGGAUUUUUUA